GUCUAUGGAAAAAUACUCCACGCCACAAACCUAAUAAUAAAGUUUUAUGGUGUUGUUUGAUAAUGAAAAAUUAAUUCUUAAAAUAUAUUUAUAUUUGAAUUUUUUUAAGUAAUAGAAAAUGACAAUAUAAUAAUGGAUUCUGAAUCAACAGUUUCAUCAGGAGAAAACUUUCAAAAGCGGGUUUUACACCAACUCUUGCAUGGUGCAUACGAUAGCUACUUGAUUAAACAUCUAAUCGAAUGGCUUUCAGUGGUUCUGACCAAAGACUUGAUUUAUUCAAGAAGUGUAUACCGAUCAACAAGAUUCUCCAAGGAGGCAGUGGCCAUCAGAAACGGAGCGCAAGACAACGAUGGUGCCGAAAAGCACAUUAGUAUGUUUAGAGAGCUAAACCAACGACGGAAAUCUGUGGCAAUAUUUGAACUGCUGAGCUACGGGGAUGUCAGCCUCGUGUACGAGACUUACUGGCUGUGUCGAGCGGUGGCGCUCAGCGAGACGAGUGGUGAACCCUCGGAGACGACUGUCAGUUUACAACGCCCGUCGCAAGAAUUAGGAGACACAGGACGUCAUUUGGUUGACCAAAAGAAGCCCAAAAUAAUUUUAACGGAAAUUGAUGGCCGAAAGGAGUCCAAAGAACGUGACAGACAAGAUGGCAGAACAACUGAUGUGGCACAAGAAAUGGCAUCACAUGUCCCUGACGAAGAUGAAGCAACCGAAGUCGCAGAAGGGCCAGCAUAUGAUAAAGAAAACAUUGGAGCCGAUCUGAAACGACUCCGAGGAUUGUGGAACAACAAAAUGAAAAAUAUCGAACGACAGUUGAAAGCCAGUGGUAAGGGCAAGAAGAAGAAGACGACGACGAAGAAGAAGAAAGAAAGUGCCAAGAAACCUGCCAAGAAAGCCAAGGAGAAAACUAAGGAGAAAACUCAAAAGAAAAAGAAAAAGAAGAGGAAAGCGGCAGUUUUCGGAAGUAUGGACUGGAUGCAGCUCCUGCCGCUGUGGGCAAACCGGGCCGUGGCGGCGAUGCUGGACUCCGCGACGCGGCUGAGCAUGCGCGAGGUCGACAGCUACUGGGACCACGUGGUUUCCGGCGCCGUGGAGGAGGAGGCAGCACGGCGCAACCUCAACCGCGCCGUCGCGCGCCACCGGGAGAAGAUAGCCAAGAGCAUCAGCGUGUUCGACGACGAAAUGCCAGCUGAUGAUGAAGCGAUUUCGGAGCCACUUUUCCUGGGCGUUACUGUGAAAGAAACAAAUCAAACAAAAAACAGAGACAUUUUCUCUGAGAAGUUCAUCAUUUCCAGCAUCAUACAUGAGUUCCAGUACUCAAGAGUAAUAGCUUGGGCUCAUAAAAGCAAUCUGAUGGCAGUGAGCACAGCGAACAAUUCUGUGGUAUUUUUCUCUCUGCUCAGUGGCAAAAUGCUCAAACCACUGCUUUCUGGUCAUAUUGGGCGCAUCACCUGUAUGUGUUUCCACCCGGACACAAACCACAUAGUCACAGGGAGCUCAGAUACCACAGCCAGGUGUUGGAACAUCUGGGCGUGCACUGAAGUGAAGGCAUACCAAGGACAUGAAAAACGAAUAACGUGCCUGAGUGUAAAUGAGGAUUACGUGGCUUCUGGCGAUGAAGAUCAUCGAAUAAGAGUUUUCCAGGUGUGGUCGGGCAUGUGCGUGUCGGAGCUGCAGGAGGAACAUCCAAUCACGGCCCUCCAACUGCAACAGGGCCCCCAGCUCCGCCUCUUCAGCGGCUGUGGCUCCGGGGAGAUCUCCCUCUACGACGUGAUGGCUUCGGCCCUCCUGGCAAGGGUCCGCGUUCACAGACGUGCUGUCACCUCGCUGAGCUUGCAGUCCCCGCUCUUGGCUAGUGGGGGACUUGACGGGUGGGUUCGCCUGUGGGACAGCCGACUUUCACAGCCUUCAUGCCUGGGAGCCAUGGACCACGGCAGCCCCGUACUGACAUUGCAUUUGACUGGCCCGCACGUCGUUUCCGGCUGUCAUCGCAGUCAACUGAAAAUAUGGCACAUAGCAACAAGGAAGCUUGUCAAGGUAAUACUGGUGGACUCCAGGCCAUUACUGCAGGUCUACUGCGCUUACAACAAGGACCAUGUGAAGAUUGUGGUGAACACGGACUUGGACGUGAUAAUCUACAUCUUUGGAUCAACGAAAAUGGUAACCCAUCACAGAAAAGCAGAACCUUCAACCCUGCAGCCUGUAUUUGGCACCUCAAGUGUUGUGGAAUGUCUUAGUGACAUAAUGAGGAUUAUCAGAUAGCUACAUGUAUGUUUUCUGAAGCAAUGUAAAUCAGCAGGAACUUGCUUCAAAAUGAAGAUGAAAAUGCUAUGUAAAAAUUCAAAGUUGAACAAGACUAUGUGAAUUAAAGACACAUGUAAAUUCAAAAGCA